AUUUGCAGUUUGCAAAUGGAUUACCAAGGGAGCAAUGUUACGGAUUUCCUUCAUGCCAAUGGACAUGUGAUGCUUGAAAGAGUGGAUAACAACUGUAAUCUAAGAUCUUUCACUCGAAAAGAGAUAGACGAUAUCACCAGUGGGUAUAGCACCGUGCUGGGAGAAGGGGGAUUUGGUAAGGUUUACAAAGGAAGAUUAGAUGGUCUUUGUCCAGUUGCAGUAAAGAUAUACAAGAAUGGAACCAAGAAAAAAGAGUUUGCCAAAGAGGUGAUAGUGCAUUCCCAGAUAAAUCACAAGAAUAUUGUCAGACUGUUUGGUUGCUGCAUAGAGGAAAAUGCUCUUGCAAUUGUUAUGGAGUUUGUACACAAUGGCAACCUCUACAACAUCCUUCACUGCAGCAAUGCUAAAUGUUCUGUACCCUUUCCUUUGGACAAACGUUUGGACAUCGCCAUUGAGUCAGCUGAAGUAUUAUCUUGCAUGCAUUCAAUGUAUAGUCCUGUUCUUCAUGGUGACAUCAAACCCGCUAACAUAUUGCUAGAUGUAAAUCUUCGGCCAAAGAUAUCUGAUUUUGGGAUAGCAAGAUUGCUUGCUGCUGAUGCGACUCAUCAUACCAGAUAUGUCGUUGGUUGCAUAGGUUACAUGGACCCUUUGUUCUGUCGGAGUGGGAUUCUAACUCCGAAGAGUGAUGUAUACAGUUUUGGAGUCGUUUUGCUGGAAAUCAUCACCAGAAAGAAAGCCGUGGACGGGGAUAUCAUCCUUGCUCAAAGUUUUGAUGAAGCCCUUAGAAAUGAGAAACAUGUGAGGCAAAUGUUUGACCAGGAAAUUGCGAAUGAUAAAAAGAACGUGAAAUUUCUUGAAGAUGUCACAAAACUAGCUGCUGAAUGCUUGAAAAUGGAGGACAAAAUGCGUCCAGAAAUGGCUGAAGUAGCGAACAAACUUAGGACAAUUAAAGAAGCUUACCACCAGUCCAAGGUCGGAAAUUCUACAGGUAAUAAGGAAUUUUUAUAAUCCUUUCUAAUUGGCAUGUCAAUUUUAAUAGUUCCUCUCUCCCUCAAUUAAAGAAACUUAGGAUUUCAUCCCCACUGCCACACCCUA